AUGUCAGAGGAAAUGGAAACAGUAUCAACUGAAAGGGAUAACGCCGCACAUCUCAUGGAGUCUCAAGAAGAGAUCAAGAAGGCUAAUACCGUAAUCGAUGAACUUGAACGAAAGCUGCAGGAUGCUAAUGCCAAUUUGGAGAAAGAAAAGCGCGAGGUCAUUUCCCUGAAGGACGAGAACGACAAGUCUUUGAUCGCCAUCCAAUAUUUGAGAAGUCAAGUGACAGAUCUGGAGCAAAAAGUGGCUGAACUAGAGAGACGAUGCGAAAGGCUUGCGAAAACCGAAAGGUAUAAUCAGAAGACCAUACAGAUUGUAUGCGAAAGUUUCUGGGAAAGAGAGGAAUUCGUUCAGCGGCUGAGGCAUAGGAGUUAUGAAAGGAAGAGGCUCAUAGAGCACUUUGUGGACAAAGUCGGUGAAAUCAUUUCGUCUUUCAAAGGAGAUAAUGUCCCUGUGGAUUCUAUGCAAGCUACGCUCAAGUCUUGGACGGCAGCUGAUGUUCAAGAUGACUUGGACCAUGAAUCUAAGGCAAGAGCAUUGAGGGCUAAAGUACAGAAGUUUGGUUCGGAGGAUCAACUGAAUCUUGCUCAAAGGCGAAUGCUGAGCCGUUUUACAGGAAAGUCUUGA